AUGGACACAUCCUUUGUACGUGACUACAUGUAUAUCAUUUGGCACUUUGCCAUUACCAUUCAGCUGUUUGAAGAGAAAUCCAUGUUAAUGAGUGAGUGGUGGUUAUUAUCUGCAAGAGUAUUAUCUUUCUCUCAUUGUGUGGGUGGUGGUUCUGCAAGUAUUGCCACCUCUUUCAUUCUCACUCCUAAUGAACGAAUUAAGCAGCAGAUGCAAGUUGGGUGUCAUUAUCGCAGCCGUUGGGAUGCUUUGGUUGAAAUAUUCAGAAAUGGUGGUUUUCCAUCCAUUUAUGCAGGUUGGGGAGCUAUACUAUAUGAAAGGUUGAAAAAAGUGAUGCCAUCUUUGUCAUCUACUAUUCAACCUAACGCAUUUCAGACUUUAAUCUGUGGAGGAUUAGCUGGAUCUACUGCUGCUUUGUUCACAACUCCUUUUGAUGUGAUCAAAACAAGACUGCAGACAUAG